GGCGGUUUUCCCAGCAGCUCCAGCGUCGAGGAGCGUGGGAGCCUCGCAGUGGUCCCGGUUUUCCGUCAGGAGUGUGGGUUGGGCGUAGCCAUGUGCUAUUUCUGGCAGGGGUGGCGGGAGGCUUUCUAAGAUCACCAGUCUCGGAGCAGAAGGUGGGACCUGGCCCGCCUGGGGGUCAUGCCCUCCGAGGCUGGGCUGCGGAGAGGAGCGGUCGGCUCAGAUCUAUCCUGAAGUCAGUGUAGCCACUUGAGGAAGGCACUCCCACCCCACGGGGAUGGCGUCCGCGCUCCCAGCAACCGGGGCCCAGGGGCCAUUGCUGUUUGAGGACCUAGCUGUAUAUUUUUCUCAAGAGGAGUGUGUGAGUCUGUAUCCUGCCCAGAGGUCCCUCAGCAGAGACACUACACUGGAGUGUUUCGAGGACAUGGCCUUGAUGGGAGGGGAAGGCAAGACUGAGAUUCCACAGCAGUUAAAUCUAGAGUCUACGGGAUUUGAAGAACUUUCCCCAGAAAACUCCAUCGCUGUGCCCCUUGUCUAUUACCCAGAAAAAUCUGAAACUGGAGUUGGAGACCCAGAAAGAAAAGUAUCAGGUGGAGCUCCUGCUUGCAAGAAGAGGUUUAGAAGCCUAUUAGUUACCAUUGAAAACCAAACCCCAUUACUAGAACUAUCUCAAUGUUUAGGAACCAAAGCACUUUCUGAAAUUCUUGAAUUUCCUGGGGAAGAAGCCAAAAAUUUGUACAAGUGUCCUGAAUGUGAUGAAAGCUUCAGUGAUAAUUCAUACCUUGUUUUGCAUCAGCAAACUCAUUCAGGGGAGAAAAAACAUAAAUGUGGUGACUGUGGGAAAAUUUUCAAUCAUAGAGCCAACCUGAGGACACACAGGAGAAUCCAUACUGGCGAGAAGCCUUAUAAGUGUGCUGAGUGUGGCAGCAGCUUCCGCCAGCACUCACAUUUGUCUCGGCACAUGAAUGUCCACGUAAAGGAGAAACCCUACACGUGUGGCAUUUGUGGGAGAGGUUUUUUGUGGCUCCUAGGAUUGUCACAGCAUCAGAAAAUCCACACUACUAAAAAAGCCUGUGAAUGUACUGACUGCAGUAAAUAUGGUCAGAAAACAAAUCUUGCUCUGCAUGAGAAAACACACACAUUAGCCACCCAGUACGACUGCACUCAGUGUAUGAAGUGCUUUGGGAAGCCCUCGCUCCUUAUCCUUCCUGAGCAGGGACAUGAAGAUGACUCUGAACACUGCAGCGACUGUGGGGAAAAUAUGCUUUUGUUCUCAAAAUUCAAACCCUUAAAAUGUCCUGAGUGUACGAUGACCUUCCUUCGUGUCUCUGAGCUAAUUUCCCAUCAGAGCAUUCAUAGAGGGGAAAAACCCCACAAAUGCAAAACAUGUGCAAAAAGUUUUAUUUUGGAUUCAGAGCUUGCAUGCCACCAGAAGAGCCACACAGGAGAGGAACCUUUUAAAUGUACCAUGUGUGGGAAAAGUUUCAAGUUGUAUAUGCAUCUCAUUGUUCAUCAGCAAAAACAUAAAAAAACCACCAUGUAAAUAAACUAAGUUGUUGUUAAUGCUGUACUUUUCAGUAUGUAUACUGAAAACUGGGGACCAGUUACUCUUUAUGUGCUAGGGAUUUUACAUGCAUUCUAUAUCACAUGUCACUUUGUCUCCAGCACAACCUUGCUUUAGGUACUAUAUAAUUUCUAUUUUAUAACUGAGGACGCAUAAUCAACGACACAGCUAGUGAAUGAAGCCAGGAUUCUAACUCAGUAACUCACUCACUGUUCACAUUCCAUUUGUAUGAACUAGAGAAUGAUAAUGAAUUUUUUUAUAUCAGUUUUCAUUAAAAUGAAAGUUUUGCUAGAA